ACUGACUUGCCAAGGUAAAAUAAAAUAGAAAUAAAAGGCUGUUAUGAACCAAUAUGGUACAAAGUAGCCUAAUAUUCAUUCAUUCUAAUAUCCAUUCGUGAGUGAAAUGGAGACAUGUCGACUGAAACACUUGUCAGGGUGGUUAUUGGGAACUGGUCAGGCCUUUGACCAAGUUUCCACUGUAGAUGGCCAAGAUAUGACGAUCACUAAAGUAAUAAUGUCAUUAUAUCCGUACCUUUUCCAAUGACGCAGCCUGUCCAAUUACAUUCAACCCCCAUUUAUUUCUUCCCUUUGAAUCUAACGUUUAAUUGUCUGUUUUCGUUUCCCCGUCGGUAGUUUGUUUCGGUAACGACGAAUAGAAGACGAUAAAAACAACAACAAAAAGGCCCUGCUUGAAUUCCAGUUUUUUCUUGUUUUGUUUUGUUUGUGAUGAUUAACGACGGUCGUUGAGUUUAUUUUCAGUCCUCCGAGAAAAUAUGACUGUUUAUCUUGCCUCUACCAUGUAACCCAUCUUGGUGAAGGAAUUAAAAACUUCUGUAAACCAUCCGUUACGCAAGUGCCUUAUAUUUGAAAGCGCAUUAUCCGACCACGCCGAGCCAACAAUGCCGCAGUCCAAUAUGAACGUUGAAGGACAAAAUUGACAUGAUUGUCCCUCUUUCACCGUAUUUGCACGAGAUCAGCAGAUUAGCCCUAUGACAUAGAGGCAACAGCACCAGCCCAGUCUCGCCUCUAACAUACGAGCCAAAGCCCAAAGGGAUGCUGACUUACAUCUCUGUUGGUCAUUCACUAUGACGAGCAUCUUCAUUUGGUUGUGCGUAAUUGCACGUACUGUAGGCCAAUUAUGUCACCCCAAGAGCACUCUAUAAUUGGGCUUUUUAGGUGCCCUCAAAACUAUUAGAUAGUAGGAACCUACUACUUUAAGGAGUAGAGAUUAGUUUGUCAUUAGCUUACACGUCUUCAUUCGCUGAGACGUUUGGUGUGGCAAUGGUGUAUGUCCUUGAUUUUAUGCUCCUAUCUCAGUUCUUCACUAUUACCAGGAUCGAAUCCUUUCCAUCAACGUUCCAGUCAACUCGGGGGAGUUAAAACGCAAUAGCAACAUUAAUUAAACAUGUUUGGAUUGUAUCUGGAUUAGUUUAAAUGCAGUUGACCAAGACACACAGCCAAGAGUGCAUGAACCAAUAAGGACAGAUCAGAUGCAAAACUACUUCGUUGGUUUAUAUUAUUCUAGCUUUUAUAUGAGGAACGGGUAGGCCUGCAGGCGUUAUUUCGUGUAACAGCAUGACGUGCAUUCAAGUGCUCCAGAAAACUCAUUUUACAAAGCGGUUCAAUAACAUAAAAACAAUAUUACAUUACUCUGGCGAGGAAACAGAACAAAUGAAUGGAAAAAAAAGAAAGUGAUUGUUGAGAGGUUGCACAAUUGCCUUCUGAAAGUCCCCGAAGGAAAGCAUUACAGUUCGACGGGGUUCUCAUGUCAAAAUGUAAUGUCAUACAAUGACCUAAAGCGCUUAGCAUUGGCGCCGGCGACAUGGCUAGGAGACUGUGCACAGCGGAAGCUACAUACGCUACCUGGCCAAAGUCAUUAUAAUACUGCAUUGUUAUUGGGACCGUUUGGAAGCGAAUAAAACAGGACUACCAUCAGAGUUACUCAUUAUUAUUAUUUUUUUAUUGACGAUGGAUGACAAAACGUUGAAUCCAUAAAAUAAUUCACAAAAUAAAUAAUGAAUGCAGAUAUAGGCCUAUGUUUUACGCCAAUCCAGGUUGACACAGGGAGGCGCGCCUUGCCUCGUCUUCAUUCCUUUACAUUUACUCGACUAUCAAAUUAAAAACGCGUUUGCAUUGUUUUUGCAUAUUGUGUUGAUAACUACAAUGGCAGGUGAUUGAUAAUGGUGUUGAUUUCCCAGUAUUGUUUACUAUUUCCUAUGUAUUGUAACGCUGCAGCAGUGACAGACAUUUCGCUUAAAGGACAGACGAAUAUGUGCGGUUUAUAGGCCAAGGCCAGGGAUCAUCAACUAGUUUCAGCCGCCGGACGAUUUAUUCUUGCGCGUUGUGGUCAGGUGCCCGGAACCUAAUUACAAAUUAUUUGUUAACAUGCAAAAGGACCAAAAGAAGCAAAAACGGAUAUAAUAUUUAACUAAAACAGAAUCAUGUCAAACAUUGCUUACAUUUUUAUAUGAUCACAAACUGUAUAUCUCUCAAUUAUGUAAUACUUUGGAACAGACUUCCAGAAUUUAAAUAACUUGAUGCUGAUUUGCUGGUGUUUUUAGAGUAUUUUAUGGCCAAACAUAAACACAAAUACUUUGGGGGUCAAACAAGGGCCGCCAGUUGGUGAACUCUUGCCUAGUCUAUAUAAAGGCUUUCUUAAAAAUAAAAAAGAGUUAUUUUUUUAUUUAAAAUAUAUUGAACUGAUUCACAGAAAAUCUAUUCAAGUGGCCGGGCUCGUGACUGUGUGAUGUGACGUUUCAUCUCAGUCAUGUUUUACCAGCAGGCGCCGCUGAUUUACAGUAGGCCUGUAUGAUUGUCCAAAAUAGUCUCUAAACUCAAGCAACUCAACUCGAUGCCAUUAUUUAGGCAAUGUGUUUUUUUUAUAUCAAGUGACAUAAGGCUAGCCUAUCUGAAUGCAAAAUAUCAAUCGUUAGUACCAACAAAUGUAAUACAUUUAGAAACUGUCACGAGACGAAUGUAUGUGUAGAGGCCUAUGGCCUAGUGUAUCUGUACGCCAUAGGCCACCGUUACUGUUGUAAAUGUCAAAAAUCGGUCGAGUAAACGAGAAUAUUCCCAGUAAAAAAAGUUUCUGCAAAUAUUUUAGUUUAUUUACAUUAUUUUAUAUUAUAAUUUCAUUUUUUUCGGGGGCUUUAAUCCGCUGAGAAAUGGUCAUUCAGUGUAGUAUUUAGAAGGACCAACUGAAAGAUUGAUAGGGCUGACAUUUUUCACAUUAACAUCUAAAAACAAAUAAUUGCAUAAGACAUAGCUGUGUAGUUAGUAUAUGCAAGUUGUUAUAAAACUAUAAAUAAUAGUUAAAUCAAAGUUUACAAAAUUACAGCCUCAAAUAAAUAUAAAGGUCCUACACGCAUCAUCAUAAUUUGGAGCCUACUUUAUGCAGUCAUUUCUCAUGAGGUUGUAAUUUUCAUAGUUCAGAUUAUUUGUCUUAUCUUUGACAGUUACAAGUAGCGAGAGAUAUUAUUGUAAAGGCUACACGUGAAGAUGCCUGAAUCAGUGCAGUGACACGCGCGCGCGCGCGUACACAAACACACCACUUCAUUCUUUUGACAUAAGGUCCACCUCACUUGCUUUUAAUCCGUGAUUGUUUAGAAGACCUAAAAAAAGGGCCUCAUCCAUGAAUUUAUAGACUAUUACGGUACAUAGUACACUGCUGCUGCAUUAAGCUUCUACCAUAUACAUACUUAAGUAUAAAUUAGGUACUUUCCAAUAUAUAUUUGGCCUUGAAAAUAACAUGGGCAGGUCUAUAUGCAAUGUUUAUUCAGCUCCGUUCAUAUCCGAGACAUACAUUGUGUGCGUGUGUAUAUAAGCGCACCCAGCUGUCGGGCCGUUCCAUUGCGCUGGAGCAUAUUUCAAACAUGUCUGAAUAAAGGGCCCAUUUUCUUCCAAACUUUCCAAUGCAACGCAACUCGCUGUUGCCUCAUGCGCUCCCCUGAGAUAAAUCCCCACCAAGAAUCCUCUCCUGCAGUCAGAUUGAAUGCUCUUUGUGGGUGGGAGGGACUCCUUAUUUCGGGGAGGUUUUAACGCAGAAGAUGGGUGGGUCACAUCCCUUGGUUCUGCUGCGAGCGCUUCCAUUCGGUCACACCGGGCAUAUCCGCACGAGCGGAAACUGAAAGCAUAACGCACUGUCACUGCUGCGAGGAAAAGUGGAAUGAAUUUGGACAGAAUUGCAGAGACCGUGAGACCCCCACCGACGCGCGACAUGCAGGCUUCUACGCUUCACUUGCCGAGAACUUCGAACAACACUCGAGAAACGUUAGAGAACUCAAGCAGCGAGUCAUCCGAUACUGAAAUAGCAGAAAAAGAGAGGAUUAUAGAACACAGAAGUGACGAUGGCAACGCAGACGACCCGAAAAAGAAGAAAGCGAGGCGGCAGAGGACUCAUUUCACCAGCCAGCAGCUGCAAGAGCUCGAAGCCACCUUUCAGAGGAAUCGCUACCCGGACAUGAGCACAAGAGAGGAGAUAGCCGUGUGGACCAACCUCACCGAGGCCAGAGUCAGGGUGUGGUUCAAAAAUCGCAGGGCCAAGUGGAGGAAGCGUGAACGCAACCAGCAAAUGGACCUGUGCAAGAACAGCUACCUGCCCCAGUUCAGUGGCCUCAUGCAGCCCUACGACGACAUGUAUCCCGCCUACACCUACAACAACUGGACAAACAAAGGACUGACACCGGCCCCUCUGUCCACAAAGAACUUCACCUUUUUCAACUCAAUGAGCCCACUGACAUCGCAGUCAAUGUUCUCGGCUCCUAACUCCAUCUCUUCCAUGACUAUGGCCGGAGGUAUGGGCCACUCCGCUGUACCGGGGAUGCCGACUGCGGGCCUGAAUAACAUCAGUAAUCUUAACGGCAUCGGCACCUCUACAAUGAACUCAGCCAUGUCCUCCUCCGCCUGUCCGUAUGGACCUCCCGGUUCCCCUUACAGCGUAUACAGAGACACAUGUAACUCUAGCCUGGCGACUCUGAGACUGAAAUCAAAACAGCAUCCAACCUUUGGAUACAGCGGGUUGCAAAGUCCCGGGUCUAGCCUUAACGCCUGCCAAUACAACAGUUGACCGAUCAGCCGCGAUGAAAAUAAUUUGCCGACAGCUGUGGGUCUAGAAGGCCUACCUGCGAAUGGGGCGAAAGACAACUAAACUGGAUUAGUUGCAGUCAUUUUUUCAAAUGGAUUAUGCGGGUUGUAUGUGUUUACCAUUGAACUUGCACAACAAUUUAAAUGUUUUUUUUUUCUAAAGUGAUGAAGACGUGUUACAUUGCAACAUUGAACAUAAGAAACAGACAAAGGAACAUCUGUGUAUUUUCGCUUGCUUGCUUUGAGGACUCAAAACAAUUUAAAACGUGGCUUGUAUACUCCUGGUCUUGGAUUAGGAACAAAAAGGCGUAUCUAGACUCGGUAGAAAAAUAAUUAUAUUGUACAUAGCUUAUAUUGCUCAUGCUUUACCGUAUUUGCAGGGGGUGCCACGGGCCCGGUUAAAUGUGUCUUUUUUUUUAGCGUGAGUGUCAUUUUAUAGCCUGCUUUGUCUGGAGUAUUUUCUCAUUUUUACGUGCUGAAAAUAGAAAUCCCGCAUGCUUUAACAUCAGUGCAACGUGUUUUGUACAAGUUGAUAAUUAUGUGAGAUAAAGCAAAGUCCAUUAUACUGUAUACAAAAGGUGAUUGAAAAGUAACUUCAUGUGUUUUAUGAUCUGUUUGAAUACAAUAAAAGCAGAUAGUAGUUUAUUUCAGGUAUCUAUUUAAUAAACGGGAAAAGGUAUAAACGAACACAAACCUUUUCCAAGUUUAUGUAAUAAAAUGGGAGUUCGAAGUAUUA